GCAGACACACGGCGCGGCACACGGAGUGAGUGAGCGACCAUGGUGCACCAGCGCCAGCGCUCUCGGCUGUCGCUCUCAAGCCCGCAUUAAUACGCGUGCCAUUACUAGUAGGAGUACUACUGCUGUGCUGAAACUCCAGCCCCUUCCCCUGCCUGCCCGCCACUGCCAUCCCGCCCCGCCCCGCCCCGCCCCGAUCCGGUGAUCCGCCCAAGAACGAACCAAUGGCGUCGGCGCGCCGCCUGCUGCAGACCUACCCGGGCCAGUUCCAGGCCGCCGAGCCGCCCGACGCCCUCGGCGCCGACUCCGACGUCGUCGUCAUCCUCGCCGCGCUGCUCUGCGCGCUCCUCUGCGUCGUCGGCCUCGCCGCCGUCACCGGCUGCGCGCGCUCCCGCCGCGGCGCCGGCGCCACCAGAUCCGCCGCCUCCGACGCGAGCAAGGGGCUCAAGAAGAGGGCGCUCAUGGCGCUGCCGAAGCUGGCGUACGAGGACGCCGUGGCGGCGGCCGUCGCGGCGCGCGGCGGCCCGGCCUCCGCGGCGGCCGGGGAGGGGCAGGAGGGGAUCCUCUCGGAGUGCGCCAUCUGCCUGUCGGAGUUCGCGGGGAAGGAGGAGAUCCGCGUGCUCCCGCAGUGCGGCCACGGCUUCCACGUCGCCUGCGUCGACGCCUGGCUCCGCGCGCACUCCUCCUGCCCAUCCUGCCGCCGCGUCGUCGUCGUCGUCGCCGCCGACGCGGCGCCCCGCAAGACGCCGCCCGAGCCCAAGCGGUGCCGCAAGUGCGAGGCCAUGGAGGAGGCGUCCUCCUCCACCUCGGCGACCGCCGGCGACCACGGGGCCGCCCGUUUCUUGCCGUGACAUGCUCUACCAAGUGAGUCCCGCCCAGUCUGGACAUGGCAAUGGCAUGGAUGCAUAAUGUGUCUGUGCAUGUGAAUCAGUGAAUGUGAGUUUCACAUCGAUGUCUGUACAUUCUCUUUGACGUGACUGGCCUGUUUUCAUGGACUCGAUCGUGAAGUAGGUUUUCACUCUGAAAUCCGUUGAGUUUCAGUUGACACUGAAAUAUUAAAACAUUUCAGCAAUUUCAGUA